GGGUCAAGCUUGACCGUUUGUUAGCGGCGGGUGUGAACACCCUCCAUUUUUUCCCCCCAAUCCCUUCCGACGCGCUCUCGAGCUCCCCGCAUUCCCCGUCUCCCCUCCGCCUGCCCCGGGAGCUCCUCCGGCGAGAUCCGCCUCUGACAGCCACCCUCCCACGGCUGCUCGUCGUCCUCACCUCCGGCGACCGGCUCAGGAAGAAAGUAACUUGAGCCAUGGGAAAGAGGAAGUCAGCGGCUAAGCCACCACCUAAGAAGAGGAUGGACAAGCUUGAUACUGUAUUUUCCUGCCCAUUCUGCAAUCAUGGCAGUAGUGUUGAAUGCCGGAUUGAUAUGAAGAACCUGAUCGGCGAGGCUUCAUGUAGGAUCUGUCAGGAAAACUUCAGCACCACUGUCAAUGCACUGACUGAACCAAUCGACAUAUAUAGCGAAUGGAUUGAUGAGUGCGAGCGUGUCAACAAUGUCGAAGACGACGACGGAGCAUGAGCAACGCAAAAUGCCUGAUGUUGCCGUACCUGCACUGGUGCUAUUGACUGCCACCUUCAGCCACGUCUGUAAUAGUGUAAUGGCUGAUUGGUUUGUUAGUAGGCAGUUCAUUCCCGCACCUAAAUAAACACCUGAAGACGUGAUGUUAUACCGGCUUCCCAUCAAAAACUCAAAAACAGUUAUAUGCGUGUGUAAUUGUAUGGGCCUAGUGCCUUACCUGGGAUAUUGUAACCGUAACUUUUCAAAUCAGCAUGUUUCCAUGGAUGAAAUUUCUAUGAAUUCAAA